AUCAUCACUUUGAACUUUCUCAAGCGCACGCUUCUGUGAUCGUUUCAGAAGAACCCAGCACACUUGGAGAAGCUGGGCCAAAAGCUCCAUGGCUGCUUCUCACUGCUUUACUCCUUUUGUAUUUCUACUACUCCUUGUUGGGUGUUCAGGAAGGCCAUUAUAUCCACUUCCAAGUAAAAUUGCCAAUGCAUAUAGACAGCCUCUACAAACUUCUAGACCAUACAACAUUGCACAUCGAGGAUCAAAUGGAGAGAUUCCUGAAGAAACUGCUGCUGCAUACAUGAGAGCUAUUGAAGAGGGUACAGAUUUCAUUGAAACAGAUAUUCUCUCUUCAAAAGAUGGAGUUCUAAUAUGCUUUCAUGAUGUGACCCUCGAUGAUACAACUGAUAUUGCACAGCAUAAGGAAUUUGCAGAUCGCAAACAGACCUAUGAUGUUCAAGGGGUCAACACCACUGGUUUUUUCACUGUUGAUUUUACACUUAAAGAACUGAAGACUUUACGAGUGAAGCAGAGAUACGCAUUUCGUGAUCAACAAUACAAUGGAAAAUUUCCUAUCAUUACUUUCGAGGAGUUCAUUUCAAUUGCGCUGGACGCACCCAGAGUUGUUGGCAUAUAUCCUGAGAUUAAGAAUCCUGUAUUGAUCAAUCAACAUGUAAAGUGGUCGGAUGGUAAGAGAUUUGAGGACAAGUUUGUGGAGACACUUAAAAAGUAUGGAUACAAGGGUUCAUAUAUGUCGAAAGAUUGGCUGAAGAAACCUGCAUUUAUCCAGUCAUUUGCUCCAACUUCACUUGUUUAUGUAUCAAACCUGACGGACUUGCCCAAGAUCUUUUUGAUUGACGAUAUUUCAAUCCCUACUCAAGACACUAAUCAGUCGUAUUGGGAAAUUACUUCAGACAGCUACCUUAGCUACAUUAAGGAUUAUGUGGUAGGCAUUGGACCUUGGAAAGACACUAUUGUUCCUGUAGUAAAUAAUUAUUUGCAAACACCUACAGAUCUGGUCUCCAGGGCUCAUGCACAUAACCUACAGGUACACCCAUAUACAUACAGGAACGAGAACUCCUUCCUGCACUUUGACUUUCAUGAAGAUCCGUAUCAAGAGUAUGAGUACUGGCUUAAGGAGAUAGGCGUUGAUGGACUCUUUACAGACUUUACAGGCAGCCUGCAUAAGUAUCAAGAAUGGACCUCCUUUAAUCAAAGUGAUUACAAUAAUGCAUCAAAGUUAUUGCAUCAAAUAGCAUUGCUGGUCUCUUCCUAUACAAAGGCAUGAGACAGUACAUUUGUGUAUCAUUUUAUCUUGUAAUAAAAUUCUGAUUUCGAGUUUUUUUAGAUUAGCAGUACAGUUGCCAUUUUCUC